ACUUCUACAUGGGGUAACAGGGAGUUGCGUGACCGGAGUGCAGAUACACUCAUGGAUGAGGACUACUUGAACUUCCCCAGAGGGAAGCUUCUGUUGAGCAGGUUGUUCCUGCGAGAGUCUGUUGCGGAGGUUGCUGGCGUUGUGAACUCGAUUAGUAUGCAUGCAUGUGCAGGGACAAUACCCGAUGACAGAUAUUAUUAUAUUUAUGAUGCUUUUGUGCCGUGUUAAAUCGAUCAACAAUGAUAAACGUUUAGGGGGAGUAAAAGUAAGUUAUCCGGGUGUGUGUGCACGUACAGUACGCAGCCUGGCAGUGACUGACAGCAGUGCCUUGUGUCGGGAUAAGCUAUAAAUAUUGUAUUCAGGCUUUGCUUCAGUCUUAGCCCAGCUUAGCAGACAAUGGAUGAUGGUGUGCGUGUACAGAAUGCAGUUCUGGGGUCCAGGCUGCUGCCAAAACCUCUCGGGGACAAAAAAAAAGCACUUUGCAUCCCACCCCCAGUUUUUCUCUGUCCAGCGUUCAUUCACUAUGAUGCGCCCCUAGUUGAAGGAGGUUCUCCACGCCAGAUCCCGUUUGAAUGCCUAAAACUUUCUAAUGAAAUCGCCAAACACUUUUUGACACACAUUAUUAUUUUUUUUUUCUUUUCUCUCCCUGGGAGUCAAGAAGAUUUUCGACGUAUUAAUCCACGUUUUUCGUUGACAAGAAAUCUUCAGAAUAUGGAGCCCGUUUCCACAGUGGGAGGAGCUGAAGAGAAGCCCCUUAAAAAUCACCCGAGUGUUCCUCACAAAGUGAUACUCAAACAUGGCCAAGAGCUGGAGGAAGAGCAGGAGGAGUUGGCCGAGCACCAGCCUCUAGAGCAGGAAGACCUGAACUUUGAGAGAUGGAAGCGCAGGCCGUUACCCAAGAGGACGCUCCACCAGAAAAUAGACGACUUGAAGACAUACCUGUGGAAUGCAGAGACCAACGAAUUCAUGGGUCGCUCUGGAAAGAGCUGGAGCCUCAUCCUUCUCUUCUAUGCUGCACUUUAUGUGUUUCUCGCAGCCAUGUUUGGCGGCUGUUUGUUUUGCCUAAUGUGGUCUAUUAGCCCCUAUCAUCCAACCUUCAACGACAGAGUGAUGCCACCAGGUAUGACGAUGGCCCCACACCUAGAAGGCCACGAGAUCGCCUUUAAUGUCACUGAUCGCAAAUCCUGGAAGAAGUAUGCGAGGUCUAUGGAUGAAUAUCUAAAAUCAUAUAACGAUGGAGCUCAGGAGAGGAAGAAUAUUCGCUGCACACAGGACAGAUACUUCAUGCAGGAUGACUUGGAGGAGAGCGCAGAGCGGAAAGCAUGUCAGUUUAAGAGGUCCUGGUUGGGGGACUGCUCGGGCCUGCAGGACCCCAACUAUGGCUAUUCUCAGGGAAAGCCAUGUGUCUUCCUUCGAAUGAAUCGGAUUCUUGGUUACUUACCUGGCCAGGGCAAACCAAUAAACGUAACUUGUGGAGUUAAGAAAGGACCUCCAGAAGCAUUGGGAGAAAUCCAGUUUUUUCCAAAAAGCAUUUUUGACCUGAAGUACUAUCCAUACUAUGGGAAGCUCAGACAUGUAAACUACUCUUCGCCGGUGGUGGCUGUGCGUUUUGCAGGAGUGCAGUACGACACUCACAUCCAAGUACAAUGCAAACUGAAUGGGAAGGGCAUCAUUAAUGAUUCACCCACUGACCGCUACCUGGGAAGUGUGACCUUCUCUUUGGACAUCGGAGGGUAAGGCAAAGAAAUGGCUGCCAGCAGGAAGCUCCCGUGACAACGAGGCAGGAUAACGUACAGAAAAAAAAAUAUGAUGUUGAAAUAUUAUUUCCCAUGAAAUAUGUAAAUUCCCUCUCCUCAUCUUUCACUUAAAUAUCCAUGUCUUCCGCUGUGAAACAAAUUCCUCAUGAAGUAGAUAUUUACUCUUGUGUUUCUGUUGUAUCUUUGUACCUUGAGCGUGCUACUGGCACCUGCACCCACAACAAAGUGCUGAGCACAGGACAAGUGCAUAGAGUGAGUUACACUGUAAUUCUUGAUAUUCUGUAAUGAUUAGCAAGAUUAAUCAGACUAAAUUACAUUCUGCCCAAUAGUUAGCAUUUCUGGCUAUGCAAAUCCAAUUAUGACUUAAAACAUUAAUAGGCACUUAGAAAUAUUGUUUUAUCAGGUUAGAUUAUGUUUUUGUGUGCACAUUUUUGUGUGAUAAAGUGUACUAAUUUGUUUUGCAUUAUAUUUUUCAACAUUGUAUAUUGUAAGAAUUCAAAGAACUAUCAUGCAAACACUGAGAGCAGGACUUGUGCUGUACUUACACAGUAAAAAAAGAUAAUAAAUGACUGCAAAUACACUAUUACAAUAUUUUUGUUGACUAGAGCAG